AAGGAAGCGGGGAGGUCUUAAAGGGGCCGCAGCCAUUUUUAAGCUUUUAUUUAUUAUUAUUAUUUCUUCCUUCAAUUUUGCUCGGCGGGGCCCAGCUUAGGUGGCGGGGGUGCGCGCUGGAGGCGCGAGGCCAGCCCCCCGGGGAGGGCGGGGUGUACGCGCCCCGGCGCCCAUCUGGGCCGACCCAUGCUCCGGCCGGCUGCGCGCUCUAACACCUGGGGCCGGGCGGGGGCAGCGGGGACCUGCGCGCUGUUUGUGCUGCCGAUGCGUCGGGCCGGAGGGUGAGGCCGCGCGGCGAGGCUGGGACACAGUUGUCGCCUCCAGAUCGGGCCAGGGGCUGCAAGGGGGCCGCCGCGAUGCCGGGCGAAAAUAUCUUCCUGUUUGUGCCUAACCUCAUCGGUUAUGCCCGGAUCGUCUUUGCCAUCGUUUCUUUCUACUUCAUGCCCUGUUGCCCCCUCACGGCCUCUUCCUUCUACUUGCUCAGCGGACUUCUGGACGCUUUCGAUGGACACGCGGCUCGAGCCCUUAAUCAAGGGACCCGGUUUGGGGCCAUGCUGGACAUGCUGACGGACCGCUGCUCGACCAUGUGUCUGCUGGUCAACCUGGCCCUGCUGUACCCACGGGCCACCCUUCUCUUCCAGCUCAGCAUGAGCUUGGAUGUGGCCAGCCACUGGCUGCACCUCCACAGUUCUGUGGUCCGAGGCAGUGAGAGUCACAAGAUGAUCGACCUGUCUGGAAAUCCUGUGCUUCGCCUCUACUACACCUCCAGACCCGUUCUGUUCAUCCUAUGUGCUGGGAAUGAGCUCUUCUACUGCCUCCUCUACCUGUUCAAUUUCUCCGAGGGACCUUUAGUUGGCUCUGUGGGUCUUUUCCGAGUGGGCCUCUGGGUCACCGCCCCUAUCGCGGUGCUCAAGUCUCUCAUCAGUGUCGUCCACCUGAUCACGGCCGCCCGCAACAUGGCUGCCCUGGAUGCUGCAGACCGUGUCAGGAAGAAGUGACCCCGGAGCCUCCAGCCCCUGGCCGCCCACCCGCCCUGGGAGUCUCGCUGUGCGCGCAGCUCCCCUCUCACUCCCGCAAGGUCCCAGGCCCAUGUCUUCCUAAUGUGUUGUUCGGCCUGCUGGGAAGGGCGUCGGCCUCUCUGGUGAUGCCAUGGUCUCUGGAAUCCUGAGGACCAGUCCCACCAGUAGGAUUCCCCAGGACCUGGACUUCAAAUCAGGAAGGAUGCUCCGGAGGCCCCGCCCAUGCGGGCAGCGCUCCUAGGGCAUCGAGACACCUGUCUGAGGACCGGGCGUUGUCACACCUGCUGGCUCAGCCCUGGGGUCUGGCUUGGCCUGAGGCUUCAGAGACACCUGAAUGAGGGAGAUCGGGCAGGGGCCGGGUUCCUCAAAAGGCAGGGAGUCAGGCCUGUGCCCCUGGCCAGAGGAAGCCCCUUAGAUCUUUCCCCAUCCCGGCCUCCCGUGUCUGAUCUAUCCCGGCUCUGAAAACUGCAUAAUGAAGGGGGAGAGGGGACGUCGCUCCUCUGAGGAUUUGGUUUCCUUUGAGAUACAGUUGGACCAGGGCCUGGGUUGAGGGGAGCUUGGGGAAAAAGGAAGCUCCAUCUCGAUGCUGUCUCCUAGUUGCUCACCGACUGGCUCUGUGCUGUCAUUCCACGGUGACCUGGUCCCCACCCCCAAGCUCAUACCCUGUCUCUGCCCACCUGCUUUACUCUCUUGAUGACAUGUCACUGGCUGUCCACAUUUAUUUGUAUACCUCAUGUUUUCUAUCCCCACCAGAAUGUAAACUCCCUGAGGGCACAGACUUUUCUUGUUCCUCCUCUAUCCCCACCACGAAGAUGAACCUGAUCCUGACUAUCAUAGCCCCUUAAUAAAUAUUCACGAACAGAUCA